AUGUCCAAACUUGACCCUGCCAGAAGGGUAUACAAGUUUACAACAGCAAUGCAAGCCGAUCAUGAAGUUUGGUCUCCUGUUCAAUUAACUGUAGAAGAGAGUGCAAUUAUUGCAUGGCAGAAGCAUUGUGAGUCUGCUUUCUGACUUGCUCUUGCCUGUCAGAUUGAGAAGUCGAAUGCACUCCCCUUCAAGGUCGGUCUUCAAGGUCGGUCUUGCCGUAAUAAUGUAGCAUAGAUUCACAUCCCCUGUCCCUUGUCCUUGCAUGAACCUUUAGAACUUAAGCUGUAUCACCUACUGUAAUGAUUCUAGGCCCAGAGGCGCUUACCGUUAGCUUUUAGCCGAGCGAUUAAAUCGCCCGAAAGGAUAGCCACUGUUAUCCGUGGAGGUACAA